GAGGAAAUGAAAGAUGUAGGGAGCGCACACUGCAGUUAGAGUUUUUUUUUUAUACCACACACACACACACGGACACACUUUUAUUUAUUUAUAGCAUGUAACUCCGCUUAUUGUCUCCCUGUCCCAGUUUUUUCUCUUUGUGGAGGAGCAGUCAGGUCGGGAAUCCAACGCCCUGCAGGCAAGGCGCCGACCGACGGGGAUUAAAGCGCAUCGGGCUGAAAAUGGUGAAAAUGCUCGGUGCUUUUUUGCGCUCCGGAGCUCCAUUUCCCCAGCAUCCGACCUGCCGGGGAUGAGGCGGAUGCGGCGCGUCUAGCUGAGCCUUUGCGAUGUGUUUGGAUGCUGUGGAAGAGGGAUAAAGCGAGGGAUUGGGAUGAGGAGGGAAGAUGCUGCCGGCUCGGCCAGGCCACCCACGGCGGAUUUCUCAGGUGAAAUUAUGUGGCUGGGCGACGCUGCGUAGUCUUCCCUGUCCCUCGCCUCCCUGAUCACCCCCUCCUCUUCCAUCUUUCCCCUUCUUUCUCCUCUCUCUCUCUCUCUCUCUCGCUCUCCCUCCCUCCACCUUCCUCCGGUCCGUCAUGACGACCACGCUGGACUCGCUGUCCCUCAACAUGGCCCUGCCCGACCAGGAGCUGAGCUCCGAGCGGCUGGACGGCUGCGAGGACUCGGGUGGGCGCUACAAGGUGGUUCCCUCCGUCGUCUGCUCCAUGUGCUGCCUCUUUGGCAUCAUCUACUGCUUCUUCGGUUACCGCUGCUUCAAGGCGGUGAUGUUCCUGACGGGCCUGAUGUUUGGCUCCGUCGUCAUCUUCAUGCUGUGCUACAAGGAGCGCGUGCUGGACACCCAGCUGAGCGUGGAGGCCUCGGUGGGCAUCGGCCUGGGCAUCGGCACGCUCUGCGGCCUGGUCACCAUGCUGGUCCGCAGCGUGGGCCUGUUCAUGGUGGGCCUGCUGCUGGGCCUGCUGGUGGCCGUGGCCACCCUGGUGGGCAUGGAGGAGCUGUCCGACAGCCCGCCGCGCUCUGUCUGGGUGCCCCUGGGCGUGCUGCUUGGCCUGGGCAUGCUUUUCGCCGUGCUCACGCUGCAGUGGCAGCGGCUCUUCACCACGCUGUCCACGGCGGUGUUUGGCGCGGCGGUCAUCACCGUGGCGUUGGACUACUUUGUGGAGCUCUUUGCUCUGGUGCUGUACGUGUACGAGCGGGUGAAGGCGGCGCCCGGCAAGCCCGUGUGCUGGCUGACGUGGGUGGUGCUGGGAGUGUGGCCCGCCCUCACCCUGCUGGGCGUCUUGGUGCAGUGGAAGGUGACCGCCGAGGGAUACUCCCAUACCAAGGUGAUCAUCAGUCGGCAGCAGAGAAGGAUGCAGGUGAUGCGGAUCCGUCAGCGGGACGACCGCAGCCGCAGUAAGAAGAAGAAGAAGCAGCAGCACGGCUCCACCCACCAUCACCACCAGGCCAAGCCGCUGCACCCGGAGCCCGCCUACCGCCGCAAACCAAACCCGGUCCGCCGCUACGACGGAGACGUCCUGUCGCCGAGCUACAUCCAGAGUUUCAGGGACCGGCAGGUGGAGGCGCGGCCGUAUCCGGGCCGGCUGAUGGGUGGGCCCCACGCCGUGGUGGAUGUGGGGUAUGACUGCGGCUCCACAGCGCCCCUCACUGGAGCUGCGGGGCCCUCGCUAAGAGCCUGACCACUUCCCACCUCCCAGACGCCUGAACACACCGCCAACCUGGGAGAAUCACACUAGGACUAACCACAACCAAAACUGGGUUUAAUCAAACCCCAACACGAUGCAAAUGUACCUGUGGCGGAUUUGAACCAAACCCCACUCUGACUGAAUCUUAGGUCCUGACUACCUGCUCUGCUCAUUACGACAUGCUGGAAGAAUCAGCGUGCGAUGGGACAGCAAAACGCCUGGACGCCGACUCAAACGUCUCCUUUUCACUGACUUAACACGUAUCAAAAUGCACAAAACGCAUGCAUGCACUUCGGAGCGCGGCCGCAAUCUGAGGACGGACGCGGAACCCCCGAAGCAGUCUUCUCUCCUCCUUAACGCCACUGUCUCAAGUCAAACCAGAUCAGGGAUAGGAAUCACACUGCAAACCCGGCUCAGGUUCUAAACACAGGCGACGUUUAAAAAAGAAAAAAAAAGAAAAAGAAA